GGUGGAGGACAGGGGGCACCAAGCGGGCAGCCAGGACCUCAGGGUUGCAGACAAAAAAGGGACUGUGUUGUCCACCAAGUCUGGGCCACAUCAACGAAUGUGGUUGAGGAUCCGCCCCUAGGGGCUGAAAACCAGGGCGUUGCCAGGCCUGAGGGUCCCUAAACAGCCCUUGGGCCGAGGGCGGGUGAAGCGGGGGCGGGGGGGGGGGGGGGGCAGAGCUCCCACCGCCCCGCCCCCAGGGGGCGCCCCAGGCGCGACGCGGGAGGAGGCAGAGGGGGCGCCAGGCCGCGAGAGAGGAGGCCAUGGGCCCUCGAGGGGCGCUUCUGCUGGCGCUGCUGCUGGCGCGGGAGGGACUCGGGAAGCCGGGUGAGCUCGGGGCGUGGCUGGCAGGACGGCGUAGGGGGGCGUUGGGUAGCUGGAGGCCGCGGGGAGCUCACUUCUUGUCUCCUACAGCGUCGCCGGAAGGGGAGCUGUUGUCAGGUAGGGCCCCCAGGACCCGACCAUGCGGCCAACGGAUCAUCCAGACGCGCAUCGUGGGUGGAGGCGACGCCGAGCUCGGGCGUUGGCCAUGGCAGGGGAGCCUGCGCCUGUGGGAUUCCCACGUGUGUGGAGCGAGCCUGCUCAGCCGCCGCUGGGCGCUCACGGCGGCGCACUGCUUUGACUUGUAUGGUGACAUUGGUGAUUCCUCCGGGUGGACGGUCCAGUUUGGCCAGCUGACUUCUGCGCCAUCCUUCUGGAGCCUGCAGGCCUACUACACCCGGUACUUCGUGUCGAAUAUCUAUUUGAGCCCUCGAUACCUGGGGAAUUCACCCUAUGACAUUGCCUUGUUGAAGCUGUCUACACCCGUCACCUACACUAACCAUAUCCAGCCCAUCUGUCUCCUGGCAUCCACACUUGAGUUUGAGAACCGGACGGACUGCUGGGUGACCGGCUGGGGGAACAUCCAAGAGGACGAGGAGCUGCCGUAUCCCUACACCCUCCAGGAAGUGCAGGUUGCCAUCAUAAACAACACUAUGUGCAACCACCUCUUCCUGAAGUACGAUUUCCGCAUGGACAUCUUUGGAGACAUGAUUUGUGCUGGCGAUGCCCAAGGCGGGAAGGAUUCCUGCUUUGGUGACUCAGGCGGACCACUGGCCUGUGACAAGAACGGAAAGUGGUAUCAGGUUGGAGUUGUGAGCUGGGGAGUGGGCUGCGGCCGGCCCAAUCGGCCCGGUGUCUACACCAAUAUCAGCCAGCACUUCGGGUGGAUUCAGAAGCUGAUGGCCCAGAGUGGCAUGGCCCGGCCAGACCCCUCCCGCCUGCUGCUCUUUCUCCCUCUUCUCUGGGCUCCCCCACUCCUGCAGCCGGCCUGAGCCCACCCGAGCCCAUGCAGGCUGGCGCCACUGCUAAGUCAGGCCCUGGUUCUCUUCUGUCUUGUUUGGUAAUAAACACAUUUGAGUUGACGCCUUGCAGAGCAUU